AUGAAAUUAUUCAGAUUUGCAUACAGCUUCUCAAAAUACUCAUCUUAGAAUCAUUCCCUUUUAUAACAAAUAUAUUCAUAUAACUAUAGAGAUCACUAUAUUGCUUACUUACUUUUAGAUCAUUAAUCAAAAUCAAUAAUUUCAAUUGAUCCUGGAGAUUUUGAAGCUGCUUUCUAUAAUAUAAAAAAUCUAGAAGUAAAUUCAGGAUAUAAGUUGAAUUAUAUCCUUUAAACACAUGGAAGAUCUAAUCAUACAUCAAGUGUUUUAGAACUUUAUUCAAAAUUUAAGGAUGCAAAAGUAUAUAGUGGAAUAGUUGAAAAUAAAUUGGGCACUCUUUUUUAAACAGAUUUUGCUAGAGAAUUUUAACCAUUUUAAAUUGGAGAUUUAGCAAUUUGUUUCAUUUAAGCUAAUGGACGUAAAUUCAAUUCUUUAUUUUUAGAUACUUUUGAUAAUUAUAUGAUAGCUGUAACAGACACUAAUGCUUAAUCAACUAAAAUACCCAUAUUAUUUUCAGGAGAUACCAUAUUAGUUAAGUAAAUUUAUAUAAAAUUAUGAUAAGUAAUGUUGGUGAAAUAGAAGAUUAUGGAGCAUUCUUUGCAACUUUAUAAAAAUUAAGAGGAUUUCAUGAUGAAACUUUAAUCUUUCCAGGUCAUCUACCAUAAUAAGAAGUAUUUCUAUUUGCAAAAACUCUUGAACCAGAUAAUAUUAUUGUUUAAAAUAAAAUGGGAUUAGACAAUUUGAUUCCCACAUCCUUAAUUGAAGAAAGAAUGGGUAAUCCAUACUUUAGAUAUUCUUAAUUGAAUGGGAAAGUUAAAGAGUCAGAUCCUAUUAAGUACUUAAAAAAAUUAAAAAAUAUAUAAAAUAAAUAUUUUAAUGGAUAGAAGGUAUGAGAAAG